AUGCUGGAAAUCUUCUACCAUCCCUUCAUCAAAGCGAUUGUGCUUGUCAGUGCCUUCCUUCUUGGGCUGGGGGACAGCAGUUUCAUCACACAGAUCUAUCCAUCCAUCAAUCACAUCUUCCCAUCACAAAUUUCAUGUGCAGUGGCCCUCUUCAAGUUCAUCCAGUCUCUGGCGUCGACGGCGGCGUUCGUGUACAGCCAGUACUUGCUGCUUCAGUGGCAGCUCAUCAUCCUGGCGACAGUUGCCACACUCGGAUGCACGCUCUUCUUCCUGGUUGAGAGGAUCAACCACUUUCACGUUCUCAGAGAGUUCACUCAAAUCCAAUCGAAAAGCUGAUUCGGUGUUUUAUCCUGGAUAUCUUUUUAUGAGAUUUUGCGAUUGGAUUUGGUUCUUAAUCGCUUUUUUAUUCUUCCUGAUGAAGAUUAAUGAUAUGAUUCAUUCAUUCAUUCAUUCAUUUAUCCAUUCAUUCAUUCAAUCAUUCAUUCAUUCAUUCAAUGCUUACAGCAAUAUUUUAUCUAUUACGUUCAAUGAAUCAUGUAUUUUAUCGAUUGACUGAGUGCUGGCAUAUUUUAUUUUAUUUUAUUACAUGAAGUCAUAUGUAUCAGUCAUCAAUGGCGGAUCCAGAAUUUUGUGGUGGAGUGGAUGAUUGGGAAAUCCAGAGUUGGUGACCUUUUUUGGUAACAUUUUACACAUAAUAUUAAAUAUUUUCUUCUUUCAUGGUGGGCGGUGCAAUCCUGGAUCCGCCACUGUCAGUCAUAUUCCACGUGUGCCUAUACAGAUUGUUUUAAAAUUGCGAGAUUUUUAAAUCAUUUCAACGAUUAAAUUUUUAAACAUUUUUUCGGAUGUAUUUUAUUGUAGAUAGCUUAAUAACAAUACUGAAAUUUGACUAGAUGUAUUUUAUUUCAAUGGAGCCAGUAUUAAUAUAGUUCACAUCUGCCAUCAUGAAAUUGAUCGGCCACUUUGGUUCGUGUAAUAUGUAUGCGACUGGCGGUUUGGUUCGUUCGCGUAUCGGUUUGUUAAAGUUGGUUUUGGAGUUCAGCAUUUCCACUAUUUUUCAGUUGUGACCACAGAAUAUAAGCAUACAUUCCUACAAAAUUAUGGAAAUCUUAUCGAAUUGAUUUCUCACAUUUAUACCGCGCUCAUAUUAACUUCACAUAUAAUUAUGUUUUUAGGUCAUGUUUUGGUUUGCUUAUAAAUAUGGUAACCGAUGCGCUAAUUAAUUAAAAUAUUUUAUAGAAUUUAUCAGUAAAUAAAUAGAAAAAUAAAACACAUUAACGCUCUGGCGAACAACUGUUUGAUAUCUACUGUGAAAGGUUUUUAUAAUUUAUACAGCUAACGUUUGACGGUUAGAGGUGUUUUUAAAAUCAUUAGCAAUUCAAUUAGUUGGUAGAAAGUAAAUGAAUGUUGUAAUUAUUUUACAUAUAAUGAGCGUGGUUUUUAAAUUUUUUUGACUCGUUAAUAAUGAAGGCUAUUUUCUUUUUUUAGUUAGUUUUACGCUGAAUAUCGCGUAAACAAGUUUUGUUUUUAUCCAUUUUAUUGGUAAUUUUAAUAUUAAUGAAUGUGCAGCAACAUAUAUUUAUAUUAUUUAUUUCUGGUUGUUGUGUUACCAAUGAAAUUUUGUUUUCAGCAAGAUUAAACAAUAUGUAUAUGAUUUCAAAUGUUGUAUAGUAUAUGUUGUUCAAAUGGUUACUUUUGUAAAAUCGCCAAAAUAAAUUUU